AUGUCAGUAGUAGUCGUCGAUGUGAAUAGCGACAAUAAACCCGAUAUUGUUGUUGCAAACUAUGGUUCGAACAACACCGGUGUUCUUCUCAACACAGGCAAUGGCAUCUUCAGUGCUCAAACUAUUUACUUAGUUGGUUAUCAGCCAUAUUCAGUAGCAGUCGUCGAUGUCAAUAGCGACAACAAAUCUGACAUUAUUGUUACAAACCAGCUUUCAAAUACCGUCAGUGUUCUUCUCAACGCAGGCAAUGGCACCUUUAAUGCUCAAACUACUUACUCAGUUGAUGCUUAUCCAAUGUCAGUAGCAGUCGUUGAUGUGAAUAGCGACAAUAAACCCGAUAUUGUUGUUGGAAACUAUCUAACGAACACCGUCGGCGUUCUUCUGAAUGCAGGCAACGGCACCUUCAGUGCUCAAACUACUUACGCAGUUAUUAGUCAUACAAUGUCGGUAACAGUCGUCGAUGUGAAUAGCGACAAUAAACCCGAUAUCGUUGCUGCAAACUAUGGUUCGACCACCGUCAGCGUUCUUCUCAACGCAGGCAACGGCACCUUCAAUGCUCAAACUACUUACUCGGUUGGUACUGGCCCAUAUUCAAUAGCAGUCGUCGAUGUGAAUAGCGACAGUAAACCCGAUAUUGUUGUUGCAAACAGGAAUUCGAACAAUGUCGGUGUUCUUUUCAACACAGGCAACGGCACCUUUAAUGCUCAAACUACUUACGGAGUUGGCGCUGCUCCUGAAGCAGUAGCAGUGGUCGAUGUGAAUAGCGACAAUAAACCCGAUAUUGUUGUUGCAAACUAUAUUUCGAACACCGUCAGUGUUCUUCUGAACACAGGCAACGGCAUCUUUAGUGCUGCAACUAAUUACACAGUUGGUAGCGCUCCAAUAUCACUAGCAGUCGUCGAUGUGAAUAGCGACAAUAAACCCGAUAUUGUUAUUGCAAACUCUAAUUCGAACACCGUCAGUGUUCUCUUGCAUUGCUAG